GAACAUGACUCAUGGAGAAGAGCUUGGCUCUGAUGUGCACCAGGAUUCUAUUGUUUUAACUUACCUAGAAGGAUUACUAAUGCAUCAGGCAGCAGAGGGAUCAGGUACUGCCAUCGACAAAAAGUCUGCUGGGCGUAAUGAAGAGCAUCAGAACUUUAACAUUUCUGGUAACACAUUUCCCACCUGUCAAAGUAAUGGUCCAGUUCUCAAUACACACUCAUAUCCGGGAUCUGGCAUGCUGCAUCUCAAAAAAGCCAGACUCUUGCAGUCUUCUGAGGACUGGAAUGCAGCGAAGCGGAAGAGGCUGUCUGAUUCCAUCGUAAAUUUAAAUGUAAAGAAGGAGGCUUUGCUGGCUGGCAUGGCUGACAGUGUGCCUAAAGGCAAACAGGAUAGCACGGUACUGGCCUCUUUGCUUCAGUCAUUCAGCUCUAGGCUGCAGACUGUUGCUCUGUCACAACAGAUUAGGCAGAGCCUCAAGGAGCAAGGAUAUGCCCUCAGUCAUAAUUCUUUAAAAAUGGAGAAAGAUUUAAGGUGCUACGGUGUUGCAUCAAGUCACUUGAAAACUUUGUUGAAGAAAAGUAAAGCUAAAGAUCAAAAGCCUGAUACCAAUCUCCCUGACGUAACUAAAAACCUCAUCAGAGACAGGUUCGUAGAGUCACCUCAUCAUGUUGGACAGAGUGGAACAAAGGUCAUGAGUGAACCCUUGUCAUGUGCCGCAAGAUUACAGGCUGUUGCAAGCAUGGUGGAAAAAAGGGCUAGUCCUGCCACUUCUCCCAAGCCUAGUGUUGCUUGUAGCCAAUUAGCAUUACUCCUCUCAAGCGAAGCCCAUUUACAGCAGUAUUCUCGAGAACAUGCUUUAAAAACGCAAAAUGCAAGUCAGGCAGCAAGUGAAAGACUUGCUGCUAUGGCCAGAUUACAAGAAAAUGGCCAGAAGGAUGUGGGCAGUUUCCAACUCUCAAAAGGAAUGUCAAGCCAUCUUAAUGGUCAGGCAAGAACAUCAUCAAACAAACUAAUGGCUAGCAAAAGUACAGCAUUUCAAAAUCCCGUGGGCGUCGUUCCUUCUUCCCCCAAAAAUGCAGGCUAUAAGAACUCACUGGAAAGAAACAAUAUAAAACAAGCUGCUAAUAACAGUUUGCUUUUACAUCUUCUCAAAAGCCAGACCAUACCUAAGCCAAUGAAUGGACACAAUCAUGGUGAGAGAGGAAGCAUUUUUGAGGAGAGCAGUACACCUACAACUAUUGAUGAAUACUCAGAUAACAAUCCUAGUUUCACAGAUGAUAGCAGUGGUGAUGAGAGUUCUUAUUCCAACUGUGUUCCCAUAGACUUGUCUUGCAAACACCGAAUCGAAAAACCAGAAUCUGACCAGCCUGUUUCUCUGGAUAACUUAACUCAGUCCUUGCUAAACACGUGGGAUCCAAAAGUCCCUGAAGUAGAUAUCAGAGAAGAUCAAGAUACCUCAAAGAAUUCUAAGCUAAAUUCGCACCAGAAAGUAACCCUUCUUCAGUUGCUACUUGGCCACAAGAAUGAAGAAAAUGUGGAAAGAAACAACAGCCCUCAGGAAGCACACAGUGAUGGGACAAAGUUCAGCACACAGAAUUACACGCGGACUUCUGUAAUAGAAAGCCCCAGUACCAACAGCACUACUCCAGUGAGCACUCCACCAUUACUUGCACCCACCCAAGCCGAGUCUCCCAUCAACCUUUCCCAACACUCUCUGGUCAUCAAAUGGAAUUCCCCACCAUAUGCCCGUGGCCCUCAGUCUGAAAAGCCAACGAAUACGGCAUCGAACCACUUGAUGGACCUUACAAAAAGCAAAGAAUCACAAGGGGAGAAACCAGCCCAAAAUGAAGGCACACAAAACUCUGCCACUUUCAGUGCCAGUAAACUGUUACAAAAUUUAGCGCAGUGUGGCAUGCAGUCUUCCGUGUCAGGGGAAGAGCAGAGACCCAGUAAACAGCUGCUGAGUGUAAACACAGAGAAACCUCCAGGUAUGACUGAUAGACUAAAUAGCCCUCUGCUCUCAAAUAAAACAAAUACAGUUGAAGAAAAUAAAGCAUUCAGCAGUCACGCAACAGGUCCUGAACCAGAACUUUCUGGUUCUGAAAUAGAAAAUCUGCUUGAAAGGCGCACCGUCCUCCAGUUGCUGCUGGGAAACCCCAACAAAGGGAAGGCCGAAAAGAAAGAGAAGAUGCCCUUACGAGAUGAAAGUACUCAGGAACAUACAGACAGAGCUUUAAGUGAACAAAUACUGAUGGUGAAAAUAAAAUCUGAGCCUUGCGAUGACUUGCCUACGCAUACCACAAACGUGCACUUGAGACACGACGCUCAGGGCGCCCCCUUCUUAGGUAUGGCUCCUCCCGUGCAGAGAAGCACAGCUGCCUUACCAGCAUCCGAGGACUUUAAAUCGGAGCCUGUCUCACCUCAGGAUUUUUCUUUCUCAAAGAACGGUCUGCUAAGUCGAUUGCUGAGACAAAAUCAAGAGAGUCACCUGCCUGAUGACCUGGACAGCAGUCCCAGAAAUAGUGAACUGACACUUCUAGAAUCGAAGAAUCUUUGCAUGGUCCCUAAAAAAAGGAAGCUUUAUACUGAGCCGUUAGAAAAUCCGUUUAAAAAGAUGAAAAACAACAUAGUCGAUGCUGCCAGCAGUCACAGUGCUCCGGAGGUGCUGUAUGGGUCCUUGCUUAACCAGCAAGAGCUAAAGCUUAGCAGAAAUGAUCUUGAGUUUAAAUAUCCUGCCAGUCAUGGUUCAGCCGGUGAACGUGAACACAGGAAUUGGGCCAGGGAGAGCAAAAGCUUCAACGUUCUGAAACAGCUGCUUCUCUCAGAAAACUGUGUGAGAGAUCUGUCUCCGCACAGGAGUAACUCUGUCGACGACAGUAAAAAGAAAGGACACAGAAACAGUGUGACCAAUAGCAAGCCUGAAUUCAGCAUUUCUUCUUUAAAUGGGCUGAUGUACAGUGCCGCUCAGCCCAACAGUUGCAUGGACAACAGGACAUUUCCAUACCCAGGUGUAGGAAACACUGCUGUGAGUCCUCCUUUCCCUGAGCACCUGGGCUGCACAGGGCCUCGACCAGAAUCUGGGCUUGUGAAUGGGUGUUCCGUGCCCAGUGGGAAGGGACCCGUCCAGUGGGUCAUCACAGAUGUGGAUAAGAAUGAGUAUGAGAAGGGCUCUCCGAGACUGACCAAAACCAACCCAAUACUGUAUUACAUGCUCCAGAAAGGAGGCAAUUCUGUUACCAGUCGAGAGACACAGGACAAGGACGUUUGGAGGGAGCCUUCAUCUGCUGAAAGUAUCUCACAGGUUACAAUCAAAGAAGAGUUACUUCCUGCUGCAGAAACUAAAGCUUCUUUCUUUAAUUUAAGAAGCCCUUAUAAUAGCCACAUGGGAAAUAAUGCCUCUCGCCCACACAGCGCAAAUGGAGACGUUUAUGGACUUCUGGGAAACAUGCUAACAAUAAAAAAGGAAUCAGAAUAGAAUGUACCUGCCAUUCAUCUUUGGAUCUUUUUAAAACUAAUUAGUAUGAACUUGAGAUCUGUAUAAAUAAGCGCAUGAUUUGAGAAAAGCAUGGUAUAAUUGAAACUUUUUCAUUUUGAAAAGUAUUGGUUACUGGUGAUGUUUAAAUAUGCAUACUACUUUUUGCUUUACGUUAGAUGUCAUAAGGAAGCUGCUGAACCAGCAGUUGGUUGUUUAACACCUGUAUGCAUCAGACGACAACUGUGAGUAGCCCAUGAAUGAUACUCUUUUUUAAUCACAAAUAAUAGGCGUAAAUUAAAAUGUAAAUCUCCAUCCACAGUGGAUUAAUGCAUUGCUGCCUUUAUUAGGGUACUUAUUUUGCUUUUCAGAAGUCAGCCUACAUAACACAUUUUUUUAAAGUCUAAAUUGUUAAAUAAUAACUCUUUAAAGGAUAAUUAUUGAAUUAAAAAACCUAAUGCUGAUUCAUUUCUCAGUUCAAACACAAAUUAGAAAAAAAAAUAUGCUUACAUUUUUCACUUUUGCUAAAAAAAAAAAAAAACACAUUUAUUUUUAACUCUUGGAAGGGGUUUUGUGAUUCCUCAAUAUGGCUGCCCCACCCCAGUCCUUUUCAAUAUACUAUAUUUCUUUAAACCUUGUACUACUUAGUAAAAAUUGAUUACAAUUGAUGGAAGUUUGAUAGAUCUUAAAAAAAAAAGGCAGAUUUCCAUUUUUGUAUUUUAGCUACUUUACUAAAUUAAUAUUCUCCUUUUACAGAAUUAGGAAAGUUGACAUUUAUCUUCAGGUGGUUUCCUGAAUAGUUAAAAUAAGAAGUUGUUUUUAACAAGCAAAAUGGCUUUUCUUUGGACAGUUUUCACCAUCUCUUGUAAAAGCUACUUCUCGCCAUUUCUGUGGUACCUGCGAGUCUUAUGACCAGGGUUUCUUAAAGCCGGACUCAGACCACCUGCAUUAGAAUCAUCUGGAGCACUUGUUUGAAAAUGCAGAUUCCUAGGCAGCAUCUCAAAUCUACAGAACAAGAAAUCUCUGCUAAGUGAACCUGGGAAUCUUCCUUCUGCAUCUUAAUACACUCCCUAUGUGUUUCUUCUGCACACUGAAAUUUGAAUUUUGAAAAUUGAAACCAUUGCUUAUGACUUCUCAGAACACAGGAUUGUGAACAAACUAUUUGAUGCCUAUAUUUUCCCCAGUACAGUCACACAUCAACUCAAAAUUUGCAGUAUUGUACUUCAUAUAUUACUGUUAUGUCUUUGGAAAUCGGGUUCAGAAUACUUUUUAUGACCAAAAAAAUCGGGUGGAGGGGACAACUUUCAUAUCUGGCUCAACAUCUCAGGAAAAUCUGCGAUUACUUGUGUGUUCUAAUGAGUAACAUCUACUUAAUUAGCCUUAGGGAUGGAAUAACAGGGCCACUUACCAAACUCAGGUGAUUCCAGGAUGGUUUGGCAACUCCUCCUGAAUACAUCUUUAACUGCUGUUAAAACCAUUGUCCUAAGAACAGUGCUGACAGAGAUGAAAACCUUUAUUUCAAACCCAAGAAAGGAGCUAAACUCAGAUUGACUAAACAAAAAAGUAAAGGGCACAUAUACAUGGCAGAAUUGUACACAGUCACUCCAUCAGAUCUGUUAUUUUAAAAUAGUGAUUAGAAGUAAACAUUGAUGUUUUCUUGGAAGAACAAUAUAUUAUUGAGCCUCAUGGGGUUUCUUUCUAUCUUGAAACAAGUCUGUAUUUUUCAGUUCAGUUUUUACAACCCACAAUUCAUUCACCAGAUAUUUUUGGUUUUAAUUGUGAACUGAGUUAGCAACUGACCUGUCAAAAAAUUGUUAUAUAAUCAACUAUUAAUUAGAAGGAAAUCUAUUUGAAAUUGUUCUACUUGAAGUUGUUUCUAAGAUUUUUAUAUUAAAAAUGGGCGUUAUUUCCUAAUAUGAUCUAAAACCCUAAAUGAUUAUUUUUUUCUCAAAAUCAUUUGUAAAUAGUUACUGGAUAUAUUAUAAAAUCGUAGGAGUGAAUAUCAUGCUACAUCAUGAAAAUUCCACUGGCCAGUGAAAAUAUUCAAUUCCAUCCCAUCUUUACUCUGUGACAAUCUUAUUGUCUACACUAUAUAAAUAAGCUUUUAAACAAUUCAUUUUUUUUUCCUGCCAUUGUGAAAGGUCUGGAGCCUUAGAAGUAUGCUAGAAAAAAUAUUGAUAUUCCCCCUUGGUUAGGGGGAAAUGGGCUUUUGCAAGGGGUGAAAUUUAGGUCAGGAAAAAAGAACAUCAAGGGUCAGCGUUGCUUUUUUUAGUUUCUUUGGUUGGUCGGUUUUUUUUUUGUUGGUGUUACUAUUGUCAGCCGUCAUAGAAAUGAAGAUACAUCAUAUAUAAAUAAACAUGACCACAAAGAAAGCUGUUCUGUUUACUAGGGAGUGUCCCCAAUUUGAGUUUAGUAUGAUUUUAAAGAAGUGCGGUGAGAAAGGGCCUACAUCCAUAAAUGCACUUCGUUUAUGCAUAUGUAGAUACAAGGAUGCACAUAUACAAAUUUUCAAGGACUAUUUUAGAUAUCGAGACAAUUUCUUCCUAAUAAACUCAUUUGUGAAAGGGUACUACAGCUCUCAUUGACAUCGGUAAGGUAGCAUUACCCGUUUAUUCUCUGCUGCAUCUUACAGAAGAGUAAACUGGUGAGAGUAUAUAUUUUAUAUAUAUAUAUAUAUAUAUAACAUGUAUAUAUAUAUAUAUUGCCUUGUUACAUGAAGAUGUUAAAAUUGGUUUUUAAAGGUGAUGUAAAUAGUGAUUUCCUUAAUGAAAAAUACAUAUUUUGUAUUGUUCUAAUACAACAGAAAAGCCUUUUAAUCUCUUUGGUUUCUGUAUAUUCCAUGUAUAAGUGUAAAUAUAAUCGGACAGGUUUAAAAAUUGUGCAUGUGUGUAUACAGUUGCAAGUCUGGACAAAUGUAUAGAAUAAGCCUUUUAUUUAAGUUGUGAUUACCUGCUGCAUGAAAAGUGCAUGGGGGACCCUGUGCAUCUGUGCAUUUGGCAGAAUGUCUUAACAAGUCAGAUCAGAUGUUCAUCCCAACAUAACAGUAUUCCAUUUCUGGACAUGACUUUCGUGGUUUAAGCUUUGUGAAAGAAUGUGCUUUGAAUCCAAGGGUCUUAAAACUUUUUAAAUCAAGUCAACCACUUUUCAACAUAAAGAGUUCACACAACUACUUUCAUGAGAUUUUUAAUCCCAUUGGAAACAUAGUAAUAUACCAGGAAUAUUCCAGUGUACUGGAAUACAGGCGCAUUACCAUUCAUGGUGUGAAUUCUGGGGUUUACACAACCAGUUUUGAUGUGGUCUGCUCAGUAAUAUAAUUUGUCAUUUUUAUUAGAAAUUUAAUUUCUUCAUGUGAUGUCAUGAAACUGUACAUACUGCAGUGUGAAUUUUUUGUUUUGUUUUUUAAUCUUUAGUGUUUACUUCCUGCAGUGAAUUUGAAUAAAUGAGGAGAAAAAUGCAUUGUU